UUUCGGUGCAGUGUGUGACGACGUAUUUUGAUAAACAAACAAUAAAUAACUAAAGUCUGAAUAAUAGAUGCUAAAAACAUAUAAUCUACACCUUCAGUUUAAUGUGUAAAUAGAAUUGUCAAAACAACUCAUCAAUGGGACCCCAGAAACGUGACCAACGUACGAAAAUUUCUUCAAGAUCAAACUGCUAAAGUCCGUCAAAAAGAUGCAAUGUCAGCUAGUAACAUCACAGACGAUCUAUGCAGGAUUUGUGAUGGACGAAUCGAAUGUGCACCGACCGCAAUACUUCUUAUAUCUCUAGUUCACACUUUAUAUGGACAUGUUGGUCCUGAGCCUGAUUAUUUUGGCCAAAACAAAGAAGAGUUGAUGAUGAGGGAAGAUGUUACGCGAAAGUACAAGUCCUAUCGAGGAGACCAGGGGUACAGAGACGGUCCAGAGGAGAUGUGGAAGGAGUCGAAGCAUUACGACUUUAUUGUGGUCGGUGGAGGUACGGCUGGAUGUGUCAUUGCUAGUCGGUUGUCGGAAAAUCAGAAUUGGAAGGUGCUGCUAGUGGAAGCAGGUCCCGAAGAGCCGAGGAUGUCCCUCAUUCCUGGAUUGACGAGCGAAUUCCGAGGGUCCCCCCUCGACUGGCAGUUCAGCAUGCGACCUAAAAAGGGAUUUUGUCAGAAUCGCCAAGAUAAAGGCUGCGAGGUGGUCCAAGGACGUGUUCUUGGUGGAACCUCCUCCAUCAACGACAUGGCGUAUAUAAGAGGUAGCCCUGCAGACUACGACGAAUGGGAACUAAGUGGUUGUGACGGCUGGGCCUUUAAUAAAGUUUUACCUUACUUCAAGUACUCUGAAGGAAAUUAUGACAAAGACGUUUCUAAAAAUAAGUUUUUUCAUUCCACGCAAGGACCGUUGGAUAUUGGAAGAUAUCCCUACGUUGAUGUGAAUGUAGACGUCUUACUCAGCGCUUUUAACGAACUUGGCUACAAUUACACAGAUGUGAAUGGCAGAAAUCAACUAGGAUUCAUGAGAAUACAGACAAUGUCGUAUUUUGGAGAAAGAGUCAGUACGUAUACGGCUUUUUUAGAACCUAUAAGGAAGAUGAGAAACAAUUUGGAUAUCAUGACUGAAUCUUUAGUUACUAAAAUUUUAUUUGCAGAAGAUAAAGUGAACAUGGGCUUAAAAGGAUAUGGGGUAAAUAUUAUUACCAAUGGUACUCUUGUGAAGGCAGUAGCCACCAAGGAGAUAGUAAUUAGUGCUGGAGCUAUUAACACGCCUAGAUUGCUUAUGUCAUCAGGUAUUGGGCCCAAGGACUACUUAGAAUAUUUAGAAAUCAAAACACUCCUAGAUUUACCUGUCGGUAGUAAUUUCCAAGAUCAUCUGUCAGUGUGUUUACCAGUGAUCAAGCUAACAAAUACAUCAACUUUGUCGAAAUUCACGGAGAAAAUGAAAGAUAUAACUACUUACUACACUAAAGGUAUCGGUCCUUUAUCGGCAAACUUCCAAGUUGUUGCGUUCCUUGAAAGUACCAUCUCUGAUAUUAUUGGUACGCCAGACAUAGAAAUAAGAUUCAAAGGACAUGAUUCUAAUAUGUACUAUGAUAGAGUUGACGUUUGUGUGUCGCUGUUGACACCGAAAAGUCGCGGACAGGUCGUGUUAAACGCAACAAAUCCUGUUUUUGGGAAGCCUUUAAUAUAUCCCAAUUACCUAAGACAUCCCUCUGAUGAGAAGAAAUUAUUGGAAGGUAUUCAAAAUGUCGUAAAAAUUUUUGAUACAGAAGUUUUCAAGUCUGCCGGUGUGGAAUUUGACCCUCGUCCGCUGUUGAGAAAUGAAUGCAGGCAUUAUGAAAGAGUCACCGAAGAGUUUUGGUCCUGUAUUAUCAGGUCCUUCUCCAGCCCUUUACACAAUUACGUUGGAACGUGCAAAAUGGGAUCUCCUAAAGACCCUGAAGCUGUCGUAGACAGCAAUCUAAAAGUUUUCGGAACAAAUAAUAUUAGAGUAGCGGAUGCGUCCAUCAUGCCCAAAAUAACACGAGGACCAACAGCGGCUCCUGUCAUAAUGAUAGCUGAAAAAGCUAGCGACGCAAUAAAAACAAUUUGGUAUUAA